AUGAGCAGCUCGCCCUCGCCACCGAGCUCGCCGGAAUUGAACCGACAGCCGGGCAUCCCGCUGGCGGACCUCGAUGAGCGGCCUCCGGCCGCCACUCCCGGGCCGGCGGCCUCGACGAAGGGCGACCCGCCGGCCGCGUCGAUCCCGAUCUGGGAGUUAUUUCGCUUCGCACGCAAGACGGACUUGGUCCUGAUCGCGGUGGGGACCCUGGCGGCGGCCGUGCACGGGGCCCUGCAGCCGGUGUUUACCCUCAUCACCGGUGACAUUGUCAAUGCCUUUGGGGACCCGAAUGCGGAGCUCGUACGGACGGUGGCCGAGCGGGUGGUGUGGUUCGCGGUGUUCGGGUUCAUUUGCCUGGUGGCGGCCUAUCUCCAAACGUCGAGCUUCAUGUACACCUCCUAUCGCCAGGCGACGCGGGUUCGGGAGCUGUACUUCCGGGCCCUGCUGCGGCAGGAGGCCGGGUGGUUUGACACGCAGAAGGAGGGGUCGGUGACGUCGCGCAUCAAUGCCGACAUCAUCCUGAUGCAGGACGCCAUCUCGGAGAAGUUCGGGGCAUUGGUGCAAAAUGCGGCGCUCUUUGUGUCGGCCUUCUCGAUUGCCUUUGUCCAUUCCUGGCGCAUGACGCUGGUGGUGGCCGGGCUGCUGCUGCCGCUGCUGCUGCUCUCGGGUGUCGUGUCUGGCCGGGUGCUUCGGGGCCUGGUGGCCGAGGGCCAGCAUGCGCAUGCGUCGGCCGGCGCCGUGGCCGAAGAGGUGUUCGGGGCCAUGCGCACCGUGGCGGCCUUUGGCGGGGAGGUGCGCGAGCUGAGUCGCUAUGCGCGGGCCCUGGCGCCGGCCGUGCGGACCGGCGAGCGUCGGGCCCACAUCAAUGGCCUGGGCAUGGGCUUCAUCUACCUGGUGACCUACUCCCUGUAUGGGUUUGCCUUUUGGUAUGGCUCGGGCCAGGUGAACCGGGGGCGCCUGGACACCGGGGAGGUGAUCAUCGUCUUCUUGACGGUGAUGAUGGCCUCGACUGCCAUCGGGCAGGUGGGCCCGAGCCUGUCGAGCCUGGCGCAGGGGCUCGGCGCGGCGGCCGGCAUCUUCGGGAUCCUGGAUCGCCGGCCGGCCAUCGACAACCUGAGCGAUGAGGGCCUGAAGCCGGAGACCGUGCUCGGGGACUUGGCAUUUGAGGAUUUGCACUUUGCCUAUCCCAGUCGCCCGGAGAGCCCGGUCCUGCGCGGGCUGAAUCUGAAUGUCAAGGCCGGCACCACGGUGGCCCUGGUCGGGCAUUCGGGCAGCUGCAAGUCCACGCUCUUGCAAUUGCUCGAGCGCUUCUAUGACCCGGCGUCCGGGGCGGUGAAGCUGGAUGGGGUGGAUGUCCGGCGGCUGUCCAUCCGAUGGCUGCGGGGGACCCUGGCGCUGGUGCAGCAGGAGCCGGUGCUCUUUUCCGGCAGCGUGUCGGAGAAUGUGCGCUUCGGCAAGCCCGGCGCCACGGAUGCCGAGGUGGAGGCCGCCUGCCGGCUGGCCAAUGCCCAUGACUUUGUGACGCGUCUUCCGCAGGGGUACGCCUCGCAGGUGGGCGAGCGUGGGAGCCUGCUGUCGGGCGGGCAGAAGCAGCGCAUCGCCAUCGCCCGCGCGCUCAUCUCCAAUCCCAAGAUCCUUCUCCUGGAUGAGGCGACGUCGGCGCUGGACACCCGGUCGGAGCGCGUGGUGCAGAAUGCCCUGGACCGAGCGUCGAAGGGCCGGACGACGCUGGUCAUCGCCCACCGGCUGUCGACCAUCCGCCAUGCGGACCUGAUUGUGGUGGUCGACGAGGGGGUCGUCGUGCAGCAGGGCACGCAUGAGGAGCUCAUGGCGGCCGGCGGCAUGUAUGCGGAUUUGGUCCUGUGCCAGGACAUGGCCGAGAAGGCGGCCAGCAUUUCCGACCCCCCUGGGUCGGAUGUCGCCGGCGCCCUGGACGACGAGGACCCGGAUGCCAUCGCGCCGGCGGAGGAGGACCCUUCGCUUGAUGAGCUGCUCGAUGUCAGCCCCCGGUCGGCGGGCCGAAAGUACCAAAGCAGCCCGGUCUUCCGGGCAUACAUGCAAUCCCGCGGGGACUGGCACUAUAUCCUGAUGGCGGUGCUUGGGGCCGUGCUCUUCGGGGCCAUCUACGCGCUGUAUGCCUACUUUACGGCGGAAAUGACGGAGACCCUGAACUUCAAGCGCGGGGCGGAUCUCCGCGAGGCGGCCCUCCUCUGGGGCUUGGUGUAUCUCGGCCUGGGGAUAUAUGCCGCGGUGGCCAGCUACUUGAUGAAUGUCGGGCAGCUUGUGACGGCCGAGCGGGUGGCCGACCGGAUGCGCAAGCGCACCUUCCAGGCCGUGGUGCGGCAGGAGCUGGCCUGGUUCGAGCGGCCGGAGAACGCCACCGGGGCCCUGGCGGCUCGGCUGUCGCUUUUCGCCGACAACGUCCAAGGCAGCAUGGUCAGCUGGCUGACGGCCAUCGUGGUGACCCUGACGACGGUGGUCGGGAGCCUGAUCCUGGCGACGGUGUCCUGCUGGCGGCUGGGCCUGGUGGCGAUGGCCUGCAUGCCCUUUUCGCUGAUGUGCGGCUAUCUGUCGACCAUGGCCACGGCAAGGCUCAAUGACAAGGGCCGCCGGGCCUUCGAGCUGAGCGGCAACUGCGCGGUCGAGGCCAUCACCAGCAUUCGCACGGUGAUGGCCUUGAAUCGGCAGGAAGUCUUCGCCCGGCGGUUUUCCCAGGCCCUCCAGGGGCCGAUGCGGGCCUGCUUGCGGAGCUCGCAGCUGGUCGGCCUGGGGUUUGGCUUGGUGGAUCCGAUUUUCUACUUCAUCUUUGCGCUGGCCUUCUGGUAUGGUGCGCGCAAUGUGGAGGCCGGGCUGUGCGACUUUUCGCAGGUCAUCCGCGGCGUGUUCGCGGUGGUCUUCGGAUCGACGACGGCCGGGCAGAUCGCGGCCCUGGCUCCGGGGUAUGCUCGCGCGCGGGGGUCGCUGGUGGCGCUCUUCCAGGUGAUUGAUCGCCAGCGGGCGAUCGACCCGCUGGCCGGUGCUGGCCACGGGCAGGAGGGCCGGCCCACGACCCAGGGGUAUGUGGAGUUCCGCGAGGUGCACUUCGCGUAUCCCCGGCGCCCGAACCAGCUGAUCCUGCGCGGGGUGAGCUUCACGGCGGAGCCCGGCCAGACCGUGGCCCUGGUGGGGACUUCGGGGUCCGGGAAGUCGGCGCUGAUUCGGCUGCUGGAGCGCUUCUAUGACCCGACCGCCGGGCAGGUCCUGGUUGACGGGGUGGAUGUGCGGGAUAUCCCGGUGGCGGACCUCCGCCGGGGCAUGGGCCUGGUGCACCAGGAGCCGGUCCUCUUUGCCGGGACCAUUCGCGAGAACAUCCUCUACGGCCGGCCGGAGGCCACCGAGGAGGAGGUGCAGGAGGCGGCCGAGGCGGCCAGCGCCCAUGCCUUCAUCCAGGCCCUGGAGUCCGGGUACGACACGGACGUCGGCAUCCGGGGGGGCCAGCUUUCGGGCGGGCAAAAGCAACGCGUGGCCAUCGCCCGGGCGAUCGUCCGGAAGCCGAGCAUCCUGCUGCUGGAUGAGGCGACAUCGGCGCUGGACUCCGAGUCGGAGGCCAUCGUGCAGGAGGCCCUCGACCGGGCCUCCAAGGGCCGGACGACGAUCGUGGUGGCGCAUCGGCUGGCGACCAUUCGCCAUGCGGACAAGAUUGUGGUCAUCGAUCGGGGGGUGGUCGCGCAGCAGGGCACGCACGAUGAGCUGAUGGCCGCCGGCGGGGUGUAUUCCCAGCUGGUCAACCAGCAGCUGGCCCGGUAG